GCGCCCGCGCCUCAGGGUGUGCGGCGGCGGCGCGGCCAUGGCGGACCGGCUGACGCAGCUGCAGGACGCCGUCAAUUCGCUCGCGGACCAGUUCUGUAACGCCAUCGGGGUGCUGCAGCAGUGCGGCCCGCCGGCCUCCUUCAGCAACAUCCAGACGGCCAUAAACAAGGAUCAGCCCGUGAACCCCACGGAAGAGUAUGCCCAGCUCUUCGCGGCUCUGAUCGCUCGCACUGCCAAGGAUAUCGAUGUUCUCAUAGAUUCCCUGCCCAGUGAAGAAUCCACAGCAGCUUUGCAGGCUGAGAGCCUGUACCGGCUGGAGGAGGAGAACCACGAGGCUGCGGCGCGGCUGGAGGAGGUGGUGUACCGCGGGGAUAUGCUGCUCGAGAAGAUCCAGAGCGCCCUGGCCGACAUCGCCCAGUCGCAGCUGAAGACGCGGAGCGGCACCCACAGCCAGCCCCUGCCCGACUCGUAGCGCCAGGGGGCAGCGCCGCCCUGCCCGAGAGCCUCGGGGGCGCCUCUGGAUACGCCGGCAAUGGAUGGGCUGGCCCGGCCCUCCCGCGGGGCUGCCCCGCGCUCUGCUCCGCGUCCGGAGCGGCGGCUCGGCUGCGGGUUUUGUGUGAGAAACGCUUCUGCAGGGGCUCUCUUCCGGAUCUGCGUGGAUUGAUGCGUGUUUCCUUGACUUCAAACGAGCUUUCCGUUCACAAAUAUGACUUCAAUGGAAUUUGUUACCUAUUAGAAGUAUUUGUAUAAGUUAAUCCCACUGUGGUCAUGGUAUGAUAUUUUGUAAGCCCGCAUAUGAGUUUGCCAGAGUUCCCUGGAGACAGUGCUGUGAAUGCAGUGAUGGUCAGCUGUCUUAAUUAACAGCACUGGUAAUGUUGAUUGGCUGGCUUACCAUCCUUUACAGAGCAUAUGAAAGGAUAAGUAAACUCUGUUGUUUACAGAGUGAUUGUUCUUGUCAUUGGCAUCCCAUUUACAAGAAAAUAAACCUGCAGGUGUCUGAUCUUGA